AUGGGGAACUAUAGACUUGUUAGCCUGACUAAUCUUAUCCGCAAGGCCGUGGAGCGAAUCAUCAUGGACCUUAACAAAGAUACAGAAGGCAAUGGGAAGUACUUUUCUGUAAAGAAACUGAUUUCUUUUCUUUUCUUUUAUUCCAAUACAGUUCUGUUCGACAACCCCAAAACAACAGUUAAUGUUCCUCUUACUUGUGGUGGAGGAAGUGGAAUUGUUCAGAGCACAGCAUUGCUUGUUCUGAGGUCUGACAAAGCAAAGCUACAAGAUGAAGUUAAGCAUCUUAAUAAGGAGAAUGAACGUCUAACAAGAAUUGCACAUCAACUUAAAGCUGAUUGUAGUAAAUGGAAGGAAAGAGCCUAUAAGCUUAAGGAGAGCAGAUCAACUCAUACUUUGUCAAGCAGUUACACCUCACAUGACCGAGUGCCUAUGUCUCCAAGAAGAGACCAAGAGACUGUGACUCCUAAGGAAUUGGUCCCCUUUUCUCAUAAUGGACAUUCCUCAGAAGAAACACCUACCUUCCAAUCACCCAAAAGUAAAAUAUUUGAUUCAAAUCCCGAAUCUCUAGCCAGGAGUGGUCCCACCAAGUUUUUUGAUAACAGUGCACUUGGCAAUAUUCCAGCUUUAAGUCCUGAAAAUGAGAGAAAAGGUGAUAUCGGGCAGUGGUUUGAAAAAGGCAAGGCAAAUAAUGAAUGCAAGACUCAAUAAUCAUUUGCAAGAAGAUUUCACAAGAAUUCAUCAUUUCCUGUAUACGUGUCCUGUUAUAGGCUUUUCUGUCAGUGAAUCAUGACUGAAACAUGAAUUAAAUCAAAUGGGUUCUAUUCAGCAACUUUUUUUUUAUAUUACCUGCUAGGUAAGGGUCCCACAUUCCCCAAGCAGGGGCUUUAAGUACACCUCACAAACUAAUGGAAAUUGCUCUGGGUUUGCAAAAUAAGUUUUCAAUUAAACUUUCUCAUCAGAUUGAGGCUGUGUCUGAAAAGCAAGACAUCUAAGUAAACCUGCACCAUUCCUGUCUGUGGCACCCUUCCCCAACUCAGGGUCACUUGUAGUGGUCAUCUUCAAGAUGGAUUUGACACUUAAGCUCUCUGCAGAUGUAUAGAAAUUCAGCUAAGAUCUCAUCAAGGUGUUUUUGUCUGCUGAUUUACACGCAA